AGCAUGCGAUAUCUGCAGAAUGAGCACCAUAAGCCAUUGACGCCGCCAACGCCAGCCGGCGGCACGGAUCUCGCUCUGUUGAAUCGUCGCAGUGUUGAUGCCAAGCCACGGCAAUUGCCCGCCUUGCCGGGCACAGCGGCAGACAGCGCUCGGCCGGCCACGCGCAAUGGCGCCCUGCUGGGCCAGUGCAGCUCCGAGAUGCUCAUCGAGAUGCUGAAGCAGCAUGCCGGCCUCAAGGAUUGCAGCGCCGAGACAGUGCAGCACAUCAAUGCGAUUUUGCUGGAGCUGUAUACGCGCGUGCACAAGCAGGAGAGGAACUUCAAGCGCGCCUUCAUCCUGGGUGGACUCUAUGGCCUGGUCGAGUGCACGUCGCCACGAAUCCUGCUGGCUGUGGCGCGUGUUGUGCUGGCGCUACGCGUGACGGGCAGCAACUUGACCGGCGCCUGCAAGCUCAUCUUCAAGGUGGCUCGCCACGAGCAGCACGACGGCUUGUUCCACGAGAACGAUGUGCUGGAGCUGCUGAUCGAUGGCCUGGGUCACGCUUCGCCGCUGGACGAUCCCGAGGCCUGCAUUUAUGCCUAUGGCUGCAUACGAUUUCUCACCGCCAGCAAUGCGCAGGAGCGCGACGAUGCGCUCAAUCGCAAUUGGGCCGCUGGCCUGGAGGAGCUAUCGUCGCCGCCGACGCACGCAGCGAUAGCAGCUGCCACAGCCCUGAUCAGCCCAAGUGCGUCCGACACACGCAAGCUGAAUGGCCAACAGACGCUGGUGUCGCGCCUGGCACGCCACGGCGCCGUCGAGCUGAUGAUUUUGCAUCUCCAGAUGCUCAACGAGGCGGGCGCCACACGUCGUCUCAGCGGUCCGCCGCUGCACACGCUCUACCAGCUGUCGGCGGCGAUGCGCGCUCUCGCCGACGUGGCCCAACAGCAGCAGCGGCUCCAGCUGCAGCUGCAGCUGGCCUGUCCGCAUCUAAUACGCGCCGCCGAGGUCUCCAUGGGCGAGCUGGAGGUGCAAGCGAAUGUGGUGCGCACGCUGAGCGUCUUGUCCGAGGAUGUGGAGUGCUGCGAUACGCUGCACAACUAUGCCGCUCGCAUUGGCCUGCUGCUGGGCCCCUACUCCAAGGGCGGCCAGUGCACCGAGCGCAUGCUGGCCGUGCUCAGUCGCCUGGGCUAUAUGCUGGGCAACAUUUUGGCCAAGCACGAAACGGCGCGCGUCCAGUACUAUCAGAACGACGUGGCCAUGGAGUAUCUGCUGAAUGUGCUGCAGCAGCUCAGCGAUCGUCCGCUGGCCAGCGAGCCGCUGCUGGAUGCCCAGAUCAAGCUGAUCCGUGUGGUGGCCAAUAUGAGCGUCAAUGCGGAUGUGGGCGCCGGCCUGGGCAAUGCUCAUGCGCUGGGCGCUGUCCUAUUCCGGCUGCUGCAGAAUGCAACCGCCGCACUGGGCACCACAGCAACGGAAUCCGCUCAGCCGGCCGAGCUGCUGGAGCUGUUGCAUGCCACGCUGGGCGCCUUGCACAAUCUGUGUUUCUAUCAGGACAACCAGGCAACAUCGCCAGCAGCCACGACCACGACUACUCCAGCUCCAGAUGUCGCUCCGGCGCCCGGUUCGCUGCAGAGUCUCAUUGCCGAGCUGUCCACUGCAUUGGCUCAAACGCUCAAGCGCUGCCAGUCGCAGUACGUGGCCACCAAGGUGGAGCUGGCCCGUGUCCUGGGCAACCUGACGCGCAACGAGCUGGCGCGCCGCUGCUUCUGUGCCGCCGGUGGCUUGCCCCUGAUCGUGCAGCAGCUGACGCGGCAGGCGAACGGCCGGGACUACGAGCUGCGCACCUGCGCCAUUGGAGUGCUCGUCAAUCUGCUGGGCGACGGCGAGCAGCGGGCUCCGUUUUUGCAGUUACGUGGCGCCGAGCUGCUGGCGCUGCUGCUACGCGGCGCUCUGGAGCAGGAGGAUUGGUUUCUCGCGAACAUUGUGUGCCAAGCCAUGUGGAAUCUGCUGAUCGAUGGCCAAUGCGCGACAGCCCUGUGCCGUAGCGGCAGCAUUCUCGACGAGGUCAGCGAUCUGUUGGCCGACUAUUUGGAUGAGGAGCGCUUGACGAAUGGCGACGAGGCCAACGACGAUGAGCCGGAGGAGGAACAGGAAUCGAGAAAAGAGCGUCAGCCGGAGCCGGAUACGGAAUUGGAGACAGAUGCGGCUCCAGAUGCUUUGUGGGAGGAUUUUGCACUUGUUGCUACCGAUUUGUUGGAGCGAAUUCAGAACAAUUUCGAUAAGCAGCAACGGCAGGCCACGCACACCGAUAACGAUGACAACGACAACGAUAACGACGAUGUCUUCAUCGAUAAAAUGUAAAACAUUUACUCAUAUUAACUAAUAUACAAAUAUAUACGGAUAUCGAUAA